CCGAGUGCUCGUCAGCGCUGCAAUGUAAUCAUCACCAAAAAAGAAAACAGCGGGAGAUACACCCAUUUCCCACAAUUGUGAUGACGCUUUGGACAUGUUGAUUUGAUGCGAUCUUUAAUAGUUUAUUUACUCCGGACCGUCAACUGGGUCAGCUUCAGAUGAAUACAGUAGCCUUGGCAUUACCUAAUCUCGCUGCCCUUGUUUUAUUUUCCUCUGCAUAUUUAGCGAAGGCUUUUUUUUUGAGAUGUGAUCAGGUGGAGAGGGAACAUCCAACAACAAAAAAGGAGCCUGCUGAUUUUGGAGCAGAAAUGUCUGCAAUCGUGAAGCUGUGUUAGUUAAAAGCAGAGGGUCCAAACGGCUGGAAAAUUCCUAUCGGCAUCAAUUGAAGACUCCCUUUUAAUUAGCACGUCGCAAAAAUCCCCGGACCCGUGACUCUGUGUGGAAAAGUGACAAUAUCUGCAUGUUGGAUUGGUGCUUUGCAAAUCCUUUUUAGAUCUGAAAGAAAUUUCAUUCAGCGAGACCCAACAUCUGCCUCCUCGCGGUUAAAAACAAAAGGGAGCGGAAGAAAUCAGCUGGGUGUUUGCUGAAAGUGACAGUGCGUGUACAACCGGUUCCCUCCUGAAGAACCACGUAAAGAUUUGAAAAACCUUUUAAAACCAGAAAGCCAGGGCUCCUCAAGGAAGGGAAAAAAACACAGCAAGAGCUGAACUGUUCUUGGAAGCCUCGAAUUCUCUUUGAAAGGGGCAGAGAUUGUGGCCAGUGUGACAAUGGAGACAGUUUCCCAAGAUUCACAAAUGGAAUGUCAGAUUUGUUUUAAUUACUACAGCCCACAUCGCCGCCCGAAGCAGUUGGACUGCAAGCACACUUGCUGCUCUGUCUGCCUUCAGCAGAUGAGGAGCAGUCAGAAGGAGCUGAUGUGUCCCUGGUGUCGAAGUGUCACCAAACUCUCUCCCAGUCUGUCUGUGUCUCAGCUGCCUGACGACCCAGAAAUCAUCACUGUGAUCAGCAUCCCUCACACGUCAGAGCGCACCCCGGUCUUUAUUAGGCUCCCGACCAGCGGCUGCUACAUGGUCCCGCUGACUGUCACCAAGGAGAAUGCCCUGUUGCCAGGGGAAGGCAGUUGCCGACUGUUGCCGGGGAAUCAGCGGAAGGCUGUAACCGCCGUGCUCAUCCCCGGGGAUCAGCAGCAGCAGCAGCAGGUGCCCCGACAGCACCAGGUGCCACAUGGGCCCAGGGAGGACCAGGAAGAGGAGGAGGGCCAGGAUGGUGUGAAAACGUCCACUUGCUCAGGCGUUUGCACUGUUCUCCUCGUGGCGUGUGUCCUCCUUUUCCUACUUGGCAUCGUCCUCCACAACAUGUCGUGCAUAUCAAAGCGAUUCACUGCCAUCUCCUGCGGCUGAAACCUCCCAUUCGAGUUGUGAAAGGUGUUCAGAAUUUACCCACGUGCAGGACACCAACCAGUGGCUGGACUGAAGAACGCACAGCAUUUAGUCUCUUAAAAAGCAAGGACUACAGACCGAUUCCUGAAGAAGUUGAAUAAAAGCAUAAAGCUGCAAGAAUGAUUCAUUUGGGAAGUGAUUUGUAGCUAAGGUGUAAUCUGACCGUUCAGCCGCCAAGAAUACUUUUUGGUGGAUUUUUGUAGGGUUUUGCCUCUGAAGUUAGAAAAUAUGCACAAUUAGAAAGCAAUUUCUUUUUACAAGAUGAUGUACUUCUAAAUUACUAUUAACUGUAGCCUUCCUUUUAAUGGGAAAUGCAAUAAGAGUACUCACAGUGUAACUUGAAUCCAUCUGUUGAUGUUAGCAUAGACAUCAGUUUAUUUGGCAAAUUCUGGACAAUCCUGUCAAAACCUGGACUUUAAUUCAUUGUUAUUCAUUGAGUUGUAGCAAUUUCCUACAGAGGUAAAGUUCACAUUUUGUCACCAGCAUCUGGGAUUGGAUUGAACACAAAUGUAGUCAACUGAAAACACAAUCAUUUUAUUUAAAUAAAUUGGUCAGUACUUUUCAGUUUCAAAUUUAUAAACCGAUUGUUGGAAUUGUGCUUAAUCUAGUUUUUAAUUUUUCUUCAGAUUUGUACAUAUAAGUGUAGUAUUUUUAAAGUCUUGUAGUAAUCACAGUGAUAUAUACUCAUAAAGAAUUACACAAAUUUAGACACGUUUGGUCAGUUGUUAACUAGAGAGUUUGCGAUAUUUUAGUUGUCUGCAACUGUUAUCAUAAAUGGUAGAUUGGGUUGUGGUUAUUCUUUUUUAGCUUGUACUAAACAGAACCCUAAUGAUGCAUUCUUUCAGUUCAUAAUUGAGUACAUGAUAGAAAACAUAUUUGUUAUGUCCACUUGGACAACAUUUUAGCUAGAGAUGAAUUUCAAAUUGUGAAUUACAUAGCAAAGUUAAUAUUUUAAUCUAUUAAACAUACUACGUGUCAAGCUGAUUUUUGUUUUAUAUGUUUAGGAUUUUCAGGCUGUUUAGGGUUUUGUAUGAAUAAUCCAGGCUUAUUAAAAUUACUUGUCUCUGAAUGCAUAACGUUCUAACUUAAGGAACAAACAAGUGUUAAUUCAUUUGUCUUUAAGGAUGUCAUUUGGUGCCCUGUAGUUUGGUGCUAACUGUUGAAAAGGGCUGAAUAGCCUUGUUGAAAGUGACAAGGAAUAUCACAAAAACAAACGUUUGGUGAUGCAGUUAAUGUAGAGAGAGAAGAAUGAUCCCUUAUGACUUGAGAUGACAUGACAGGAAAACGAAAUGAGGUAUCAUGGAUGGAGCUGGGUUGCAAUAUUAGGGAUGUCUUGUCAAGCUCUAUUCAGAUUUGUGGUUACAGUAUGUUUGUGCACUCUGUUCUAAUUUAGAUUUUUCUAUAUUUCUUAAUGAGAAGUUAACAUUCUUAUUAAUUCAAAAUGUUACACAGUUUCACCCUGUGGUUUUGUAAAUAGUAAUUUGGGACAGGUUUGUGCAGUAAAAUGCAGAAGUUCCUCUUGAAAUUAUUUUACCAAUUGGGUCUAUGGAGAUAUUGUUUAUUUCAUUUUUUGUCUUGUUACUUCAGUGCACUGUCUUAAUACCCUUCUUGGUAACCAUACAUCCGGAUUUAAAUAGGUCUGUGCUGGCUCAGUGGAUGCAAGUGGUAGCAAAUCUGCUUUCUUACAAAUGAAACAAAAGUGGUUGAUAGACUAGCAAUAUGCCACAGCUAAUACCCCACAAUCACUGCUGUCUGCACAUGUUAUGAAAUGGUUUUAACCUUUCUCACAGGGUUAUUGUUCUGAAAUGAUGUCAUUGUGACUAAGCAAACUGAGGUGAAUGAACUGCCGAUGCGUACACACGCCUGUGGUAAUUUGCCAAAAGUUGAGUUUUUCCAGUAAGAGGUGAAGCUUUUUGCCGACUGCUGUAUUGUCUUUGUGCUCUUGUAGAAGAACAAAAAUGCAUGGAGUUGCAAUAGGGCAUUUAUUUUCUCCUUUUGGACCCAUUAUUUUAUGAAGUGGUGUUCGAAAUCUGCCUCUUAUUUGUAAAAUGUUCAUUUUUGUUUAAUAACGAUUGUAAGGAGUGCAUUGAUCAUAACUAGACCACUGUACUGUGACUCUGUUGUCUUAACAACAUUACACGAGAGUUUAUAAUAAACUUCAAUCGACGUC